AUGGCAGCAUCACUCUCUGACACACUCAGAGACGAUGAGCAUGAUCUCCUGCUGCACCAACAUGAUCCCUCCCUGGUUGAACCACCCACUCAAGGUGGCAGACACCAGUCUAAACGCGACCUCGGGUUGUUGUCAACCAUCUUCUUGAUCACGAACCGAAUGAUUGGAACCGCGAUCUUUGCAACCCCAUCGUCCAUCGCCGCCUCCGUGGGAAGCCCAGGGGCUGUGUUAUUGCUGUGGCUGGUGGGCUUGCUCCUGUCCUACUGCGGGAUGCUCAUCUGGAUCGAGCUCGGCUGGAUGAUGCCUCGCAGCGGCGGUGAAAAGGUCUAUCUGGAGGCUGCGUACCCGCGGCCGCCGAUGUUGGUGACGACGAUAUUUGCGGUGCAUGUCAUUGUCCUGGGGUUUACUGGGAUUGGAAGCGUCGUCGUUGCAGAGAAUUUACUCCUGGCUGUGCAGGGGUCCGCGAGCGAUGGGGUCAAGAGAGGACUUGCCAUGGCGGUUCUUGCUGGCAUCGCUGCCAUUCAUAUCUGUUCGCGAUCGUGGGGAGUCCGAAUCAUGAACGCCCUCGCAUCGGCGAAGAUCCUUGUUCUCGUUCUUAUCAUCCUCUCCGGACUGAGAGCGCUGCGAGGCGACCUACCCCAGAUCCCCUCUCCAGGGAGUAGUUUCAGACAUCCAUUCGCCGGAUCGCCGACGACCAUUUCCAGCUACACAACGGCCCUCUUCAAGAUCCUCGCAACAUACCAAGGAUGGUCCAACGCGGCCUACGUUCUGGACGAGGUGAGAGACCCACGACGCACACUCAAAAUGGCGGGCAUUGUCGGCGUGGGCACCGUCGGUCUUCUCUACCUACUGACGAACAUCGCGUAUUUUAUUGUCGCGACGCCAGAAGAAAUCAGUCAGACGGGAGUCACAGUCGUGGCGCUGUUGAUCGGCAAGGUGUUUGGCGAGACCAUGAUGUGGCUCACGGCGAUUCUGGCUGCGUUGUCUUCCCUGGGAAACCUCAUGACUGCGUCGUUCACCAUGUCGCGCGUGGUCCGACAAUUCGCGCAAGAGGGUAUACUCCCCGGGGCUACGUUGUUUGCAUCUACAGCCGCGUCUGGGUCGCCGACCUGGGCGUUUGCCCUUGUUUUCCUCUCUUCGACGGUGAUGAUCCUGUCUUCCUCCUCGUGA